GUGAGGCAAUUAACUAAACUGGUUCUAACCAUCUUCAUAAAUCGUUUUUCGCAUUUAUAAAACUUUUUGGGCCAGUCGUAGUUCAACCUUCUGCAAGAGUCGGUCUUACACUAUAAUAAGAUGAUUCUAAAUUCGUUGUGCGCAUUCGCAAUUUUCGUUUUUGCUCAAUGCCAUACAACAGUCACAGCAGCAUCAACGCCUGAAGGUGACAAAAAUGGGCUCAAAAUAAUUUGCCAUUAUCAUUUGCAUACAUGGUAUGCUCCCGACUUCAGGGACUAUUCACCAGAAGUCAUUGAUCACACUCAAUGCACACAUAUCGUUUACACAGACCGAGUAAGGUACACAGACCUGGCCGCCAACCGAACAUUACACGAUGGUAAAAAAUUAUUCUACAGUCGAGUGCCGGUGUUCCGAAAGAAAGGAAUAAACGUUUCGAUCAGUUUCUUUAAAUUCAAUGGCUAUGAAUUAGUUAGAGUGUACAAUGCCACUGCACGAGCCACUUUUGUGGAAUCACUUGUCGACUUUAUGGAAAGAAACCAUUUCAACGGGUUCGAUUUAUAUUGGGAUUGCAGAUCCUGUUCGAAAGGCUCUUCACAAGAUGUACAUCAGGAUGAAAAUUUUAUUGAUUUGAUUCGUCAGUUGUCUGAAGCAUUUAAACCACGCGGUUGGCUCCUAUCAACAUUUGUGUCUUUAAGCGAACAUGUAGUUCAUCCCGGCUUCGACGUUCUGAAACUAUCCGAGUUCGUUGACUGGAUGACCGUUAACAAUAUAAUCCUGUCGCAGAAUAUCACCUCACACUUAGCUCCACUAUUCUUGUAUUCGGACGAUCUACACCAAGAAACAUCGACGAAUUCGACUGUAAAUUAUUUGAUUGAAAAGGGUGUACCAUCACAGAAGUUGGUGUUGCCGGUUUCGUCUAUAGGACGAAUGUACCAGUUAACAUCUGCUGAAGAGAGCGGCUUGUAUGCACCAACCGACAACAGGUAUACGUCUCAUUUUUACGAAACUUGUAAAGAAGUUUUGAACGACAACUGGACAGUUGUACACGAUUCCGAUAAGAGAGUUGGAUCGUACGCAUAUCAUUCAAAUAGAUGGGUCUCUUAUCAGGACGUUGAGGAUGUUCAGCGCAGAGGCGAGUUCAUAGUUCAGAAUAAUCUAGGAGGUGGAUCAAUUAUGAACUUGAACUAUGAUGAUUUCGAAGACAAGUGUAAAUGUGGGAAAAAUCCAUUGUUGAAGGCAUUGGUACAAGUGUUGCGUAACGUUGCAGGUCCGAAAAUGAAAAACUGCACAUGAAAGACAUUUUUGUUUUGAUUUUUAAUACUCGAUAAUUGUUAUCAUUUAAAUUAGCACACACAACGCACUGCUCCCUACAACAGUGUAACUGUACUAAGAA